GGACGAAGAGGGAGAGAGGGGCGGGGCUGGCCGGGGCACAGGGUGGCUCGGGGAUAAAUGCCCGGCCUGAGAGGGGGUGAGCUGACACUGUCCCAGCUGCCAUCCAGACUCGGAGCUCACCCCAGACCCCCAGCGGAGACAUCUCAGCCAUGGCCAUGCAGAAAAUCUUUGCCCGGGAAAUCCUGGACUCCAGGGGCAACCCCACCGUAGAGGUGGACCUGCACACAGCCAAGGGUCGAUUCCGAGCAGCUGUGCCCAGCGGAGCUUCUACGGGCAUCUAUGAAGCCCUGGAACUGAGAGACGGAGACAAAUCCCGCUACCUAGGGAAAGGGGUCCUGAAGGCCGUGGAACACAUCAACAAGACCCUAGGCCCCGCUCUGCUGGAAAAGAAACUAAGCGUUGUGGAUCAAGAAAAAGUUGACAAAUUUAUGAUCGAGCUGGAUGGGACUGAAAAUAAGUCCAAGUUUGGGGCCAAUGCCAUCCUGGGCAUAUCGCUGGCUGUGUGCAAGGCCGGCGCGGCCGAGAAGGGGGUCCCGCUCUACCGGCACAUCGCAGACCUCGCCGGGAACCCGGACUUGGUCCUCCCCGUGCCUGCCUUCAACGUGAUCAACGGGGGCUCCCACGCCGGGAACAAGCUGGCCAUGCAGGAGUUCAUGAUCCUGCCCGUGGGAGCCAGCUCCUUCAAGGAGGCCAUGCGCAUUGGCGCCGAGGUCUACCACCACCUCAAGGGGGUCAUCAAGGCCAAGUACGGGAAGGAUGCCACCAACGUGGGCGACGAGGGCGGCUUCGCGCCCAACAUCCUGGAGAAUAACGAAGCCCUGGAGCUGCUGAAGACGGCCAUCCAGGCGGCUGGCUACCCAGACAAGGUGGUGAUAGGCAUGGACGUGGCGGCGUCGGAGUUCUACCGCAACGGGAAGUACGAUCUCGACUUCAAGUCUCCCGAUGACCCCGCGCGGCACAUCACUGGGGAGAAGCUGGGGGAGCUGUACAAGAAUUUCAUCAAGAACUACCCUGUGGUCUCCAUCGAGGACCCCUUUGACCAGGACGACUGGGCCACCUGGACCUCAUUCCUCUCGGGGGUUAACAUCCAGAUCGUGGGGGAUGACCUCACGGUCACCAACCCCAAGAGGAUCGCCCAGGCUGUUGAGAAGAAGGCCUGCAACUGCCUGCUGCUGAAGGUCAACCAGAUUGGCUCCGUGACCGAGUCCAUCCAGGCCUGCAAACUGGCCCAGUCCAACGGCUGGGGGGUGAUGGUGAGCCACCGCUCCGGGGAGACCGAGGACACGUUCAUCGCUGACCUCGUGGUGGGGCUCUGCACGGGACAGAUCAAGACUGGUGCCCCCUGCCGCUCAGAGCGCCUGGCCAAGUACAACCAGCUCAUGAGGAUCGAGGAGGCCCUUGGGAACAAGGCCGUCUUUGCCGGACGCAAGUUCCGUAACCCGAAGGCCAAGUGAGAAGCUGGAGGCUCUGAGACCCCACAAGACACCAUGGGACAGACCUAGGCCCACAAGCCCCUCCCUGGGAAAUAAACGCUGGUGCCAACAUA